AUGUCUGCUCGGACCACAACUAUCGCCUUCACACGAACUGGCGAUGCUGAUGAAGAAGGCAAGCCACCCGAGCAAAGCGGAGAGAGCGGGGAGAAGCAAGAAGCUCCGAUUCUCCGACCGGAUAAUGAAGCCAAAGAUCUUCCGUUGAACACAACUUUGGGUAAUCAGACGUCACGAGAGCCUCAGAAUACAAAAGAAAAGUUGGGUCAUCGGCGGAUUGACGAGCAAGGAGGUGUUUCGUACAAAAAAGUGCCGACGAAUGCUUUGAUGCAAGCGAUUCAAUUAGGAAUUUCGAAUUCAAUAGGUAGUCUGGCUUCUCUACCUAAUCGAGAUGUGCUUCUCCAAGAUUUCGAAAAAGUCGACAUCAUCGCGUUUCCUGCCGCUGGUUCGUCAAUAACACCCUCUCACUCGUUCGGCGACUUCCGAUUUCGAACGUACGCCCCAAUUGCCUUUCGAUAUUUCCGAAACCUUUUUCACAUUAAACCUGCCGACUUUUUACGAUCAAUUUGCACUGAGCCACUGAAAGAGUUAUCAAACGCUGGAGCAUCCGGAUCGAUAUUUUACGUGUCACAAGAUGAUCAGUUCAUAAUAAAAACGGUUCAACACAAAGAAGCGGAUUUCUUACAAAAACUUCUUCCCGGUUAUUAUAUGAAUCUCAAUCAAAAUCCACGAACACUUCUACCCAAAUUCUUCGGAUUGUUCUGCUAUCAGAGUCUGGGAAAGAAUAUUCGGCUACUUGUCAUGAAUAAUUUGCUGCCACAAACUGUUACACUUCACGAGAAAUACGAUUUGAAGGGAUCAACGUAUAAACGAAUGGCUAACAAAGCGGAACGAGCGAAACCUCAUCCAACUUUGAAAGAUUUGGAUUUUCUGGAAAAUCACAAAGAUGGCAUUUUCAUUGAUCCAAUAGCUUUAGAUGCACUCAUGCGAUCGAUAAGUCGAGAUUGCUUAGUGAUGGAAAGUUUCAAAAUUAUGGAUUAUUCACUUCUCGUUGGUAUUCACAACGUUGAGUUAGGAAUUCGAGAAAGAGCAGAAUUGAACGGAGAAGCUCUGCCAGCUCCAUCAACUUCCAACGAGCAGACUGGAGAAAAAGGAGAGAAUCAUAAGGUUCUGCAAGAGAAAUUCAGUGUUUGGGAUACAGGAGAUGGAGAAGUGCCUCACGGGGGUGUUCCAGCGAGGAAUUCGAAUGGAGAUCGGCUGGUUCUUUAUUUAGGUAUUAUUGAUAUUCUUCAAAACUAUCGGUUGCUGAAGAAAAUGGAACACACGUGGAAAGCGAUUCUUCACGAUGGAGACACAAUUUCGGUGCACAAUCCGAAUUUUUAUGCCUCCCGCUUUUUGAGUUUUAUGACUGAAAAAGUGUUCAAAAAGGGAACAGCUCUCAAACAAUCACCGUCGCGUAGGAGGAUGAUGAAAGGAAGUAGUCACGAAGACGAUACAACAGUGAUAGUUGGUACUGGACACCGUCAACAUAGAGAAUCUGAAAGAGAAGGAUUGAAUAUGACAGUUACUGUACCAGAUGGAGGUGCAAGCACAUCCACACCGAGGGAACAAGCUCAAUUUGGAUCUCAAACAGCUAGAGAGUCAACGAGACUCUACAAUAGAGAUGUGUCAGCGAUGGCUGAAGAUCGGGCGAAUUCGGCUCGUGAUCCUGUAUCUUCAAUGUCUCGAGUACCACUACGGAGGUCUUAUCGUGAUGCUGGGCAAGCGAUGAGUGUAGAAAAGAAAGAGAAAAAAGUGGAACGACUAUUCGCCCAACCAAAGCCAACUGACGAAAAAGUGCCUGAAGAGCAGGAAGAAACAGAAGAAAUAAUGAACAAAAAAGAUAGUAAAGAUGACACACAGUUUCUGUCAUUAUGGCAAAAUUCAGAAAACUUGGCAAAAAUGGAAUCACAUGCGAUGAACCGGGGAUUGGUUGCGGCUACAAGAGAUUCCUCAUCAGAUCCUUCGAAUCGUUCUACUCUUUGGACGAAUCUAUCUUCAAUGUCUUCCGCAGAUCAAGCUCAUUUAAUGAGUCGACUCUCCUCCACUUGGCCAUUUCGAGAAGAGCGGAGAGCGUUGACUUGGCCAGUUCAUGCCGGAUUAUUAGCUAAUUGUGUCACUUCUUCUCUAAUUGCUACCCGAAUCAAUUCGGAAAUGUUCUUAUACGAUGCAAAAGCGAAAUUCCUCGAUUCAGUCAAACGGUGUCCGAAAUCUCCGUUUGUGUUCGGUGUAUAUUCUUCAGGUGUCACGUAUUUUAUGCUUCAUCAGAUGCUUGUAACACCGAAAGUUUUCAAUGAAUUGACACCGUGCCCCUCUUGCCUCGUCAUCAACAGUAUUGCAAUCGGCCUAACGACAGGAAUUGCUCUUCCCAUGCUUGCAACUCCAUAUUUGGCUCACUAUGUUCUAAUUAACAAAGAAGCCGCUGCAGGAGGAUCGAAAUCAAUGCCAGUUGUGAAUAAUCUUCUGGAAUUUCUCACACUCGGAUGGGAAGGAUCAAAACCAGCCCGUUCCGUAAUGGCUACUUGCGCUGCUAUUCAAAUGGUUGUUAGUUUUGGAGCCAUGUAUGCAAUGCUUUGGGGGCGGGAAAGAAUGUUCAAUACCCUCGAACUGGAUUCAGACUUGGCACGUCGUCUGGUGGCUGAAGCACAGACAUCCAACUCUUUCAAACAGAAAAUUCUCGAUUUUCUUCGGCGAAUCCCACUUGUUAACGGAGCAAUUCCAGAGUCCCCAGAAAAUGAGCGUGUUGUUUGA